AUGGUGAACACACAUAAUUCUUCUGGUGCUUCGACCUCCACUCCCAUUGAUUACUCUGACCCUUUAUACCUCUCUUCCUCCGAUGUGCCUGGAAUAUCCUUAGUUAGCAUCCCCUUUUUAGGGACUGGUUUUGGGGGAUGGAAGAGGAACAUAAUUGUGUCUUUAUCUGCUAGAAAUAAAAUAGGUUUUAUCGACGGUUCAUAUGCCCGACCUGCUGAAGGCACAUCUCGUGCUAGGGUUUGGGAUAGAUGCAAUAAUAUGGUCAUAUCAUGGUUGACUAGUUCCUUGUCUCCUGACAUAGCAGAAAGUGUACAAUACUCUGACACAGCUGAGAGUAUUUGGAGUCAGUUGAACAAGCGGUACGGGUUAGUUAGUGGCACCAAAGUAUUCGAACUUAAGAAAGAACUAGCGUCGACUUGUCAGGGAUCUUUAGACAUUCCCUCUUAUUUCAACAAACUUAAGAGGCUGUGGGAUGAGCUUAGGUUUAUUUCAACAUCUCACAUCAAUACCUGCACAUGUGCUGCAAAGCCUAAUCUUUUAAAGAAAGAUGGAGAGAAUAAGGUGUAUCAGUUCCUUAUGGGCUUGAAUGAGGCUUACAUUGGCGUGCGCAACAAUCUUCUUAUAGCACAACCAUUUCCUUCUCUUGAUUCUGCAUAUAACAUCUUGCUCCAAGAUGAAAGACAGAGGCAGGUGAUAUCUCCUGCUUAUUUUCCAACUGAAUCUGCCUCCUUCCAAGUGUCUUACAACCGCAGAACUGCACCAUAUUUUUUCUCUAAUAAGACCCACAACCCUUAUCCUGCUUGUCCCAAAACUCAAAAUGGUUACCCUAACAAAUCUUACGCUCCAAAGAUCAAUUUUGAUCAGGAUAAAUCUUUCUUGUUGCAAAUAUUGUAA